AUGAAUGACCAUCUUCCCAAUGUGGCUCUGCUGGAAAAUCUUGUUUUCAACGAUAGCCAAGGAGAAGGAAAUUUGUACAACUUUGAAGAUGGAGAGCACUUUCAAGACCUUGAUGAAAUUGAUACCAAAAUGAUUAUUCCAAUUCCUAUUGCUUCAAAUGUUAUCUCAAAUGAAGAGUACCCUGGAUGCUACGAAUUUGAAGUUUGCAUCAUUCCAGUUCAAAAUAAACAACCCUGGGUGUUUUCCAUUGCACUGAACAAAGUGUUUAUGGAUAUGUCCAAUCCUUUUCCAAUUGAUUUCAAAAUCAAAGAUUCUUAUAUGAGAACUGAGCAAUUGUAUGUUAGAGCAACACCCAGAUAUUCUCAAACACAAUCUUUGCACGAUCUUGUGCAUAGGUGCAUAAACCAUGAGCAUAUCCAUGAGCCUACCAACAAAGAUGUAGGUGAUCCGUUGCAUCGACAGCACAUAAUCCGUUGCAAAAAUCCAAACACCACCUACCUUGGCGACAAAAACAAAAACGAACGCCUUAGCGUUAUAAUACCCCUUUCGACCCCUGAAGCUGGCACUGAUAGCGUGAAGGAAAUGUACGAGUUCGUGUGCAAAAAUUCCUGCCCUGUUCCUGGAAUGAACAGGAGACCCAUCCAGAUCAUUUUUACCUUGGAAAACGUACAGGGUAUAAUCUAUGGACGUCGCGUUUUGAACGUGAGAAUUUGUUCCUGCCCCAAACGCGACAAAGAAAAGGAGGAGGCCGAAUUGCAAAACGCCAAUAAUCCGGUGCCCCAUGGAAAAAAACGAAAGCUCAACAAUAAGACUGACAAAAAACCCCUGCAGCCUCCGGAUCAAACCAAGGACAAUAAAGAGUAUGAACUGAACCUAAAAAUUGUUGGAAAACAUAACGUCCAACAAGUUUUAAAAUACUGCCAAGAUCUGAUGGCCGGAGAAAUUAUCCGCAACACUCCACAGGGAGCUGAGCCGUUCAAAAAGUGCCUUAAUGACUUGCAGCAAAUUGGUAAGUAAAAUA